UUAUUCAUGUUCAGUCGAUUCCAGUUGCUUCCAUUGUACGGUCCUUGAGAAGAUUCAACAUGUCGACUGCUGACCACGUGCUCGCGUUGCGCGAGAAAAUCUCCGGAUGGUUGAAUAAAUCUGACGAUAAAACAGAAAAUAAGGUACAAAUGGAAGACCUAAAAGUUUUCGCGGAGUUACUCGGAUUUUCCGCCAAAGUUGAUGCAAAAACUCUUGUGAUAUCAACAACUGAACAAGAUAACGCUACAGAAUUGAAUGAUGCGAAAGUAUUGCCUGAAUCAUCUGAUAUAAACAAAUUAAAAGAAACAAAGGAAGCAAUGUCUCCGAAGCCUGCCAAUGAAGUUGAAAUCAACGUGAGCAUGACAAACGUGCCAACCUCAAGCCCCAUCAUUCAACCCAACAAAAUCUCUGAUACUCUUAUGAAAAUAAUUAACUUAGCAAAAGACGCCCUGGACAACGACGUUAAUUCUACAUUUAUAAAGACUGCUUAUCUCCACAAACGCGUUUCUGACAUUAAAGUUAGCCCAUUGGCCAUGAAUAGCAGUCGAAAUCAUCUAGGAAAUGAUCUGAAUGUGACCAAAACUAAAGAAAAUACUAGUACACUCAAACCCACACCGAAGAAGAAGAAAGGAGCUGUGAUUGUCAAGCCGGAAGAAAGCAAGGUCAAGAAACCAAGUGGUUCUAAUGUUUCCAUUACAUUUAAGAAGAAUGUUCUUCAACCUGUGCAGUCAAAUUUGCAGGCAUUGAAGUCUAAGCUACGAACGCCUACACAGAUUAGACCACCGACUAGUUCCCUGGCAACGCGUUCUGCUGGUGCACCACCAUCAAGGGUUUCGGCCCUAACAGAAAGAAGGCUGUCCACUACUCCACUUCGUAAGGAUCCACAUAGUUUAUCAAGACUGAAAUAUGCUUCAAGUCUAAAGAAAUAGGGCACAUUGUAAAUACGGCAUUUUAUUGUAAAUUUUAUUCUAGACUUGAAAAUAAACAAUUUUAUUCA